GGUGAGAUACUCUGCACAGAGUCUCUUUCAAUACCUCCGGGACAUCCAGAGCGAUGCAGAAGCCAUGGAUUCCUUUGUCGAGACGUUGCUGAAGGUCUUCAAGGACAACCAGCACAAUGACCGAGUCUCUAUCCCUUUGCUGAAGAUGUUGGACCAAAUGUUGGCCAAUGGCUGCUUCGAGAUCUUCACACAGGAGGAAAAUCACCAGUUUGCUCGGGAUUUGCUGUCGUUGUGUAAAAUGGAGAUUAAAAAAUCGAAGAACAUCCAGAAGCUGCGCUCCAGCAUCGCUGUG